AAGUCAAACUGUUCGAAAACUUGCAUUUAGUAAGGACCAUAAUACAAAACCUGUACAAAAUGUUGAAUUAAAGAACGAUUCACCCAAAAAUAGUUUUGUAUCUGUCAAGAAUAUAAAUUCUGGUCAAAUGCAGCAGUCAUACUCAAAUCAUCUAUUAUCUCACUCAAAUUUGUCUCUUAAUGAAAGUCUUGAUGAAACUGACCAGCCUCAGAAAGAAAUAAGCACCCCAAGAUUAUCUGUUGAGAAAUCAAAAAAGUUGGUUACUCCGCUAAAUGAUGGUAUUAAUAAUAAUAUAGAUGUGUUUCAAAAUAAUAUGUUGCGAAAUGUUGCAUUUUUAAAAGUUGAAUUACGUCAAAUAAAAAACAAUCAAGUUUCAAUCUUGGAACAAUUAGAAUCAAUACAAUCACAUUUACAAGUUAACAAUAAAUCAUAUUAUAUUGAAAAUAAUCUAUCCAAUGAUGAUUUCCAUGAUUGUACACUACCUUUAGACAAUGAGGUUGACUUAGGUGUGUUAGAAGAUAAACUUUCUGGUGAUCACCAAUUUAAGUCGCGUUUGGUUAACGAAUUAUCAUUAAUUGGUGGCAAACAUGUAAAGGGGAUGGUAAAAAGAUUGAUGACAAAAUUAUUUACCGAUGAUUUGUUAUCUAACUAUUCUUUUACUGGAAAGAAGGGUAAAAAGCCAUUCUCUUCAUUGACUAUCUGCUCUAUUUUGUUUGAUGCCAUAAAAAAACAAUUAAAAUUCAAAAACAUCUCUCAACACGAGAUAGAAGAUACUAUAAAAUAUGUUCUUGCCCAAGCCCCUUUUAAUCUUAAAAGAAAAUUAAACAAGGUGCCCUCAUCAGUUUAA